ACUCCUCCCUCUCUCUCCCUCAGCGAAUCUGAAGCUCACUCUCCCUCUCAGCUCUUUUACAAUCUCUCUCCCUCCCACGCUUCCUUUCGGCUCCCUCUCUCUCUCCGGCCGGCAGCUCUUUCUCUCUCCCUCACUCCGGCAGCUCGCUCUCUCACCUCUGGCGGGGCCGCUGCUCCGAUACGGCGCACCUCUCUCACUCUCUGGCAGCUCUCUCCCUCUCUCCGGCGCAUCUCUGUGUAGCCACGCUAUGGACAAGAGUUUGAUAACAAAGUCGAGAGGUUCGAAGGAAUAUUUUGAAGGCGUUAAGUUGUUCAUUACAUUUGCGGUUUCCAACUUUGAAAGUCAGAAGUUCAUUUUGUGCCCAUGUAAAAAAUGUCACUUGAACAGGCAGCUAAGGCCACAAGAAGUAUAUGAUCAUUUGACAGCGGGAGCCGGAAUUUUGCCCACUUACAUCGAUUGGGUUUGGCAUGGAGAAAAAAUUGGGUCUCAUGCUAAAGGCUAAUUUGACUCGUUUGGCCGCAGCUACGGCCCCAAUUCCAGACGAGUCCAUUAACAUGCAGGCCAUAUUGCAUGAUGUGUUUGGCAUGCACAAGGUCAGAGAAGACCACUGUGACCCUCAGAUGGAAACGCAAGCAGAUGCAGUAGUGCAUAAAGAAGUUGAUGAGGAUAGUGCGAGGAAAUUUUACAAUUUGCUUAAACGAGAGGAGAAGCCACUUCAUGAUAAAACUAAUCAUAGCAAACUUAGUGCUACUGUAUAUCUAUACAAUUUGAAGUGUGCGGGUGGUCUAAGUAACACGAUAAUCACUUCUUUGCUAGACUUCAUCAAUCAGUUGCUGCCGACAGAUGAUGAAGCUUUGCCCAAUAGUACAUAUGAGGCCAAGAGGUUUUUAAGGGACAUGGUGAGCGUCGGAACGACAAACGUAUGUGCUGUGCCAGACACCAAGUCUCCUGUUCGUGUGAGGGCGAGAUCGUCAGUAGCCAGUCGACCAGGUGACAUCCAAGUAGAUUUUGAAGGUGAAGAUGCAUGUACUGAAGAAGGCGAACCCAUGCGUCAGUCAGUCUUCACAUACCUCUUGUGGAUCAUCACAUCGUAAUUGUUAAGUGAAGCAAUUGAGAAGGGAGGUUGGGUAUGAAAGGCACAUAUGCCUCUCAUUUUGUGUUAUUAGAUGGACUGAUAAGCGAGACA